CUUAUUUCAGGCGUUGUGAUACGUCACUAUAUUGUGGUUUAGCUGGUGAUAUAUUGUGAUGUUGAAAGCCAGAGAUGGCCCAGCCCUGCUGGUGAGCCUGGUGCAUGUGUGCCUGCGCAUCAACUGGAAUCACAUCUCCUUGCUCCAUGACUCUCCUGUCUUGCGCAGAUCGACUUCGGGACACUCUGAUCCACGAACUGUGCCACGCAGCUGCCUGGCUGAUCCACGGGGUCCGAGACGGCCACGGCCGGUUUUGGCGCUUGUAUGCGAAGAAGUCGGCUGUGGUCCACCCAGAGCUCCCAGUGGUGUCGCGAUGCCACAACUAUGAGAUCAAGUACAAGUUCACCUAUGAGUGCUGCCGGUGCAAAAACACGAUCGGGCGCCACUCCAAGUCUCUGGACACCCAGCGCUAUGUCUGUGCCCUUUGCAAGGGGCAGUUUGUGCUGUGCCAGCCCACGCGCAAGGAUGGCACACCAGCGAAAGCACCGCUCACACCGUUUGCAAAGUUUGUGAAAGAAAACUACGGCUCUGCUAAGCACUCGCAGAAGGGGCUGAGCCACGGAGACGUCAUGAAGAAGCUCAGUGCAGAUUUUGCUGCGCAAGUUUCUCUCACCCCACAAGCGACUCUCCCACACUAGCAAAGGCUUGGGCAGCAGCUCCAGAUCCCUUGCUGUACGUUGGGGGUGCUUUCCUUCCCAAGAAGCAGCCAGGUGGUGCGGGAGCCACCUCCUCAGGAACUGCCGGGUCUUUUCUUCCCUUCUUCCCCCACUCCAAAUGUUUUUUACAAUCCUUGCGUGUCUGGUCUCAUUUGCCCAGGCGAUUAAAUCAGUUUGGUAACACAUUGAGUUAUGAAUAAAGUAAACUAUUUGUG